ACACACGCCUCGUACGUUUGUUAUUUUGUCAAAAUUUCUGGACUCGUAUAGUAGGAAUAUUUCGUCAGCUCAAUUAAUUACAUCCAUUGAAAUUACAAAAAUUUGUGAAAUCAACCAACGCUAAGUUGGGGGGAAAAAAAGACCAAAAGACACGCACGCCCAGUCCCCGCCCCGCCCGAGAAUCGGUAUCGCCCUAAGAAGAAGAAGGAAUCAUGUCAAAGUUCAACACCAGCGUGAGCGGACGCCAGCUGAGCACGAGGUCCUCGGACGUGGAUGCCCUGGCCCAGCGCGGCUACAAUGUGGGCCACAAAAUCGGCGAGGGCUCCUAUGCCACGGUCAUAACAGCGGGCUACUCGGACGACUCGGGGCACGGUGUCAAUCUGGCCUGCAAGAUCAUCGACAAGGCCCGGGCGCCCACGGACUUUGUGAACAAGUUCUUUCCGCGCGAGCUGGAUAUCCUGACGAAGAUCGACCAUCCGAACAUCAUCCAGAUCCACAGCAUCCUGCAGCGCGGGCCGAAGAUCUUCAUCUUCAUGCGGUUCGCCGAGAACGGGGACCUGCUGUCGCACAUCAAGAAGAUGGGCCCCAUCGAGGAGAAGCAGUCGAAGAUCUGGUUCCUGCAGAUGGCCAAGGCCCUGCGGUACCUGCACAACAUCGACAUCGCCCAUCGGGACCUCAAGUGCGAGAACAUCCUGCUGUCGAAGCGCCUCAACAUCAAGCUGGCCGACUUUGGGUUCGCCCGCUACUGCCGCGACGACGGCGGCAUCGAGAUGAAGUCGGACACGUACUGCGGCUCGGCUGCCUAUGCCGCUCCCGAGGUGGUCUCCGGGCGGCCCUACGACCCGAAGCUGGCCGAUGCCUGGUCGUUGGGGGUCAUCCUGUUCAUCAUGAUGAACGCCAAGAUGCCCUUCGACGACAGCAACCUGACCAAGCUGCUGGAGGAUCAGCGCAACCGCAAGUUCGCCUUCCGUCGCAAGCUGCAGGACAGCAUCACGGCCCCGGCCAAGGCCACCGUAUCCGUGCUGCUGGAGCCGGAGUCGGCCGCCCGCUGGAACCUGCGCGAGAUACUCAAGUGCGCCUGGCUGCGCAGCGUCGAUCAGCCCGAGACAGCGGACCCCUAGGUGGUGCCUUGGAGCGUGCGUGUCGAUUUCACAGAUCAAUAGUGUAUUAGAUAGAUAAAUUCCUUGGUAUUUAUCCGAUUAUCAGAUCAGGCCAUCCAUCCCUAUAUCCUCCUCCAAAAUGUAAUGUCUCUUAAUGAAACAAUAGUCCAGUAAUAGUCCAA